AUGGCCAAUGAUCAAUGUUCAAAAGAAUCAAACUGUGCAAAAACCUCGGAAGAACCAUAUCUUUUGGAUUCUUCAACCUUUUUAUCAGAAGAAAUGAAUAACGUUGGUGAAUUUCGUUUUAAUUCAAAUCGACACGCGAAUUCAUCCCUAAGAUUUAGCAACAAUGAUUGUACUGUGGAAUGGAUAGAAGCAUCUCAAGCAAUCUGGAUUCCAAUUGAGACGAAAGCAAAACUACAUUCAGGAAAAUGGUCUUUGGAGUUUGACGUGGAAUGGAUGGGAACCCAUCAAAUUGGAGUUGGUUUCUUGUUAGAUUGGAAUAUUGGUCCUGACUGGGGAUUUUUUGGUUAUUUAGGUUCCUCUAGGAGCGCAUGGUCGUAUGAUCCAUCAACUGGUGAUAUUGUUACUAAUACAGAAUCUGUUCAUGGUAAUCUACCGAAAUUUACUGGAAAUAGUGGCGUGAUUGGUUUAGAACUUGAUCUUCCGAAAAAUGAAAUUGGCAAAUUCACAUUUAUCGUUGACGGUGUUCGGACACCAACGAAACAAUUGCCCAAAUCAGGUGCUGUUGCUAUACCAGCUGUCUGUCUUUUGUCUCGCGGGCAGAAAAGAAUAACAUGGUCAGAUCCAAUGUCUUUAGAUGUGCUUCCUCCUCUACCUUUUAGUAAAUCGAUCAAACCUGCUGUUGGUCAUGGGAAUCCUGUUACCAAAGCAUGGACUAGGGUAGUUUGUUCGAUUGAACGAAUGUCUACUAAUUCCAGUCGUAUUCGUUUUAAUGGGCCCGUUAAUACGACAAUACGUUCUAAUUUAGCUCUUCGACUAUCGUACGAUGAAGCUCAUUCAUGGUCAGUUUCUCGUAUAUUAUAUUCUGGACUUAGUGCCUAUUCGGAUAUAGCAAUCGUUGGCAAUGGAACUAGGGUUGCGUUAGUUUUUGAAAAUGGUGAAGAGACAUUUGCCGACAGAAUUUUUGUAGCCAUUGUUCCUGCAUCAUGGAUUGAAAAUGGCUAA